AUGGCUGCGCAACAAGCAAUUUCAGGAUUUGAAAAAAGGCCUACAAUGUGGGUUCUUCGACCACAGAUUAUAGAUGCUUUCAGUUUCAUAUUAUUCAUUGGCCUAAUUGGUUUGAACGUUAUCGCUACAAUGUCAGGACUAUUCAUGGAUAAUAAUAACAUCAAAAUGACAAAGCUUUGGAUUACCAUUCAUUACUUGGGAUGGAGCUUUUUUUGUUGGAUUAUAAUUUUUGGGAUUGUUUAUUUUGGAAAAAAGUUGAUUUCAAUAAUAGAAAAACAUAUUCUGGAUACUAAAGGACAUAGAAAAGCAUCAUCAAAAGUCAGAAGCCUAGAACUUGGCUUAAUAAAGCUACGACGGGUCCGCGUUCUAUUAUUGAGCGAUUUAUUCUUUUUUGCUAUUUCAUCAUUACUUUUUGGGUUAUUUCGAGAGCAAAUUCUCACAUAUUCUAUAGCUAUUUCGCUUUUAUUAGCGACUUGCUGGAUAUUAAUCGUUCCGUUGACAAAUGCCAUAAUAAUUACGAUAUUGGCAUAUGAAAUAAAUGAAAAGACUCGAAUGCCAGCUUUUCGACCCAAGACAUCAACACAUUUUCAAACUACUAGAAGUAAUGAUGAUUUUACGGUUGCAUCAUUAAAAAACUUUCCUCCAAAAACUGUAAGAAAUGAUAGAAAUUAUCCAAGUAACCAAAGAGGAAUCACUAUGCAUAUGGAACAAACAGUAUCAAUCAACAACAACCCUUCAUUUAACAACAACCAUUCAUUUAACAACAACUCUUCAUUUACUCCUGGUUCAAAAGCACUAGAAUCGCCACAAGAUUUUAUGGAAACUACUAGUGAUCAAUCACAUAUAUCCCGAGAUGAAAGUGGUGACUCAAUAGAACUUGUG